AUCCAUACCCCUCCGAGACAAGCGAACGCGUGGUCGACUCGCGACCGUUUCGCGGAACAAGUGAAAGAGCGAACACCUUGGAAAAAAAAGUGUAAACAAACCGGCAAGUGCACCGAAAAAACCACCUAGAUGUAUUCCAAGUCGGCCUGUCUCACAACCGGUGAUUACGACACUUUCGACAACAACAACGUGUGCCUGAGGCAGAAAAACCCAACUCCGACGACGACGGGGCAGUUUUGGAAAAAGAAAACCGUCGCCUGUACACACUGCGGCAGCAAGAAGCCAGUGAACGCAGUAGUUUUUUUUCCAGGGGUCAGGAAAGAGGAGGUGCUGGCCAUAAGGAGCAGAUUCCCUACUAAAAUACCUGUGAUCGUUCAGAGGUACCCGAAAGAGUCCAGCUUGCCAGAAAUGGAUAAAAGCAAGUUUUUGGUGCCGCAGGAGAUAACAGUGUCGCAGUUUCAAACUAUAAUAAGAAACCGAAUAAAGCUCAAUCCAAAUCAGGCGCUUUACCUGCUGGUGAACAACAGGUCGAUGAUGAGCCUCAGCCUCACGCUGGCGGAGGUGUAUACGAUACACGCUCACUGUGACGGGUUCUUGUACAUCACCUACGCCUCACAAGACGUUUUUGGGAACGAUGAUACCGAUCGUAAGAAUUACAGUGAUAAGAAAAACUGUAAAAGGAACGUCCUGAUGGAGUUUUAAGUAUUUUUUUCUCAACGUUGUAUCUCCAAAAGACUCAAAUAUAGCUUUAGAUGUUUUGUAAGAAUGAAUAAAGUCAAGUGAUUGUGAGUGUAAUGAAUUUUUUGUAUUGAAUAAACGUUUCUUUUGUAUUUCUUCUUAAAA